ACCAAGGGUUCGUCGAACUGUGUCAAAUCGCUCAUAAAGACCACAGAUAUUAUGAUCCCAUUUCUUGUAAGUUGCAAGUUUCUGAUAUUGUCAUUUUCUCGGAACUUAAAUUUUUCUCUGCUAUCCCUCAAACUUCUUUACCUUCUUCUUUCCUACCAUCACAUUUCACCAAUCCUUCUAUUGACAUAUUUCUUGAGUGUGUCCUUCCAAUGAAUGCAUUUCUUUAGCUCUAUAACAGUCCUCUAAGCCUUCUGAUGAGUUGCCUUCUUCAAUGGAUCCAUCACCUCCUUCUUCCUCUCGGUAGCUCUCUCAGAAAGUUAUGCAAGAAAAGUUAGAUACUUUGCUUCAAAUUCAUACUUGGGAUUUGGUCCAUUUGUCUUCUUGCAAAACUUUUAUUGGCUGUAAAUGGGUUUACAAAAUCAAAACUCACUUUGAUGGGUCAAAAAUACCAUGAUUUCGACAAGAAGACCUUGAUGCUGAUUGUGAUUGUUGACUCUAUAUGCUUGCUUCUGCUCCUCCAAGAUCUGGAGAGCCACAAUAAACGUCGAAGGAAGGUACAUGAGGAAUUCAGUUUGAUGAUACUUGAUUUAAUGAUGCUGGAAAACCAAAUCCCAAUACCUAUGACGCUACAAGUGAUACAGCAUCGCAAUCCUGAUAAGGGGUUCUUUAAGGUGGUGGACAUUCUAUUCGACAUGGUUUAUAAUUCCAUCAGCAGACUUUCGUUAGUGAAAUUGUCCAAUGACGACAGGGAACUUAUGAGAAAGAUUUGUGGUCCUCCACAACGUUUGCUGCAUUUUAUGUAUAGUUUGGUUGUGGGCAGGAAGCUUGCUGCAAUGUCACAAUAUGGUAAUAAACACCCAGGAUUGAUCGGGAAAAUAAGCCCUGAAUCCACAGGAUCUGACAUAUUGCAGCAGACAGGGGAAUCUUUGGUUUAUGCUUGGAAGCAAGCCAGAGAGUUUUUCAUCCAGGCAAUCGGGGAAAUACUCUCCGCAAUCGCAGCUACAAAAGCUGGAGGUCUCAAUGUGCCAGAAUGGUUGGACAAGAGUGUACAAAGUGUUAUGAAGGCUAUGAGCUUCACUAAUCAUAAGAAGCUGGAAACUGCCAUCUUAUGUGGAGUUUAUGAGGGCCAUCAUCAGACGUUAGAGAUCAUAUGCACUGUUAUAAGAAAUGUUAAAGAUGUGCAAAUGCUGAAAGAUGCCAAGGUCAUAGAAAUGCGAUUGAAAGAUGAAGAUGUAGUCAAGCUAUUCAAGUCAAUGAAGAUAUCCACGGAAAAGCUAGGUAAGAAGUCCGAAUUCAUCGAUGUUUUUGGCAAAUAUAUGAAUCAAGAUUACGAUAAUCACCCAGUAAUCAAGGCCCGUAACUGGAUAAAGAAAUGGGCUCUUGCUUUGGUGAAUUUUGUAAAGUGA